AUGGCUGAGCAGUUUGAGGACGAGACGUUCGCUGAGCGCGUCGCCGCGCUGCAGGAGAUGUUCCCAGAGCCCGUGCGCAAGAUGGUCUCUUCCGCCGCCUCCACCACCGCUUGGACCGUGUCGAACGCAUACACUUACGGCGGCAAGCUCCUUUGGAUUCUUGCUUCCUCGGCACUUGUCCUCGGUCUCAUCCCCCAGUACGAGUCUGAUCAGGAGCAAAUGCAGGCACAGCAGGCGGAGAGCAUCCGCAUGCAACACCAACAGAUGUUGACUGGCGGUGCGCCAUCGUCCCAGAUGGGCGCCGUCCCCGGCAUGGCCCCCGCCCCGCAGCGCUCCUGA